AUGGACGAUCAUUUGAACAAUUGUGAUAAUAAUAAUAUAAAGAAUAAUAAUGAUACAAUAAUAAUCGAACCACCUACGACUAUUGCUGCUACCCUAUUGAAUGGAGGUAGCAAUAGCAAUAGUCCACCAAAACAAACAUAUGCACAACUAUUAAACAAGAAGAGAUGUAUAGAUGAACUAUGGACACCAAAUAAUCAAGAUACUACAAAUGGCAUAAUCAAUGAUACCAUUCAUCAACAACAUCCUCGUCAACCUCCUUUACGUCAAAAUCUUGUUUGUUAUGAUUCCAUUAGUGAUGAAACUGUAAUAGAUACUACAACUACUACUGCUAGUACUACUGUUACACCAAGUAUACAACAAAAACCAAAUAAUCAUAAUGGUCAAAAGAGAUCAAACAACAACCACAACCAACAACAACAACAACAACAAAGAAACAAAUCACAACAAAAAAACAAACAAAAUACAUAUACAUCGAAUCAGAUACCUGAUACUAACAAUAAUGUUCAUAUGGAACAACAACCAAAAAAGAAACAAAAAAAGAAAAAGAAUGUAACGAUUAAUCAAUCAAGUCAAGUUGCAUUGUAUCAAUGGGUGUUUAGUCCAUUUCAUAAAUACCUCAAAAUCAAUAGAGUUCCAACAUUGGACGAAUUGUUUACGGAAUUCUAUCAUCUUAUCAAUGUUGACCAAUGUCAACUACUUGGGUCACAAAUGACCGCCACCUAUUACAUGAAGAAACAUGAAAAGGACGCACUUUCAACGCAACCAUUACAACACUUUCACACUGUCGACGAAAUAGAGAGGAUCGAUUUCUCACAGUCUCGAGAAAAGGUUGAAAUCAUCACAAGAAAGAUAUGUGGUUAUCUUCAGCGAGAAUCAAACAUGGUAUUGGUAGAACUCAUAGUCAUGUCAAUCGGUCUAUUAAAAUCAAUAGAAUUAUUAAAAUUAACUUUAGAUGUUCAAAAUGUUGGUGGUGUAAUGAUUAAAUAUAAACCAAAGAUAAUAUUAAACAACAACAUCACCAAUAUCAACAACAAUAGUAACAAUUUAGAAAAAAAAGAUAAUAACAAUAAUAAUAAUAAUGAUAAUUAUGAAAAUAUAAAAGAUUGUCAAAUGCAAGAAAAAGAAAAAGAAGAAGAAGAUGAAGAUGAAGAUGAAGAUGAACAAUUAGAAGAAGGUGAAGAAGUAGAAGAAAAAGUAAAAGUGGAAGAAGAAGAAAAAGAAAUAAUUAGAAAGAGAACAUCAGGAGGAAUAUUUUUCCACCUUGUUUCAAGUAUAUUACCAGAGAGACGUAAAAUAUUCCUUGAUUCUGUCGUUUUAAAAUAUAAAAAGACAAGAUCAAAAGGACCAAACAAUAGUAAAUUCAAUCGAAUCACUGAAUUUAAAGCUUUACCAACUGUAGACGAUGUCAUCAACCCAAUCAAUAUUUCAAAUGACCUGGAUACUGAUUUUGAAAGAAAGAAACAAUUCAAUAAUAAUAAUAAUAUAAAAGAUGAUAAAGAUAGUAGAAAAACAACAACAACAACAACCUCAAGUAGUUCAAUAGUUAUAGAUUCAAAUACAUUGUUAAAUCAAGUACAAUUAAAACAAAGAAUAGAAUCAUUGGUAUCAAUUCCUCUCAAAUACCAAAGAUUAAAAGGUAAAGGAUUGAAUACUUUAACAACAAAUGACAAUAACAACAACAACAACAAUAAUAACAACAAUGAUAAUAGUAAUAAUAUAAUAUGCUUGGAUUUAAUAUUCUGUAUUAAUGGCGGUAAAGGAGGUUUCGGAUCGUUGCUUAGAGGAAAGGCAAAGCAGAUGGGACACAAAAAGACAACAAACUUUGACAGUUGUAGAGAUUUGAGUGGUAGAAGAAUCAGACAUGUAAAUAGUGAAAAGAGAAUAAAGGAGUGGCAAGAGGGUGAGGAAGAACGCCAAGUGGCAAUUGACAAGUUUAAAAAGAGUCUCAAGGGUGGUGUAACCACCAAUGCAGAUGAUCAUGAAAAGGAGUUUGAUCAUCAAAAGUUCCAAGAAGAGUCUAAUCUCGUAGUACAGAGAACCAAUGACUCUGUCAUGAUUGGUCUUCAAGAAUUACAAAAGCAAAAGAAGAUACUCGCUGAAAAGAUGAGUUCAGUCGUCAUUGUCGAUGCUAUUCCUACUACUACUACUGCUGCUGCUGGUGCUUCAGAGGAAGAAGAGACAACAACCACAACAACUACAACAACCACUACGACUACUGUCACUACAACCACCACUACAAAGACUUUAAAGAAACCUGUUGGUUUCUUCUUACCAGAUUUCGAUGAUGAUAUGGAAGAUGAUGAAGAUGAUCAAGAAGAAGAAGAAGAAGAAGAAGAACAAGAUGAUCAAGAGGAUAAAAAGAAACAACAAAUUAAAAAGAAAUAA